GAUUGGUCGAGGAGCUUGAAGGGGUGCUCGGCAUCCCGGAGUCGCCCCUUCGAACACCAGGAGAAGGGACGGUGGGAACGAUGGGAGGAGGACUGGGAAUCGCGGCCCUGCUCCUGCUCCCCUUGGCUCUAUGGGGCACAACGGCCGUGAAAGUGGGGAACACGAUCGUGCAGUCGGAGUUCUACCAGCAGGAUGAGAACAAGCAGCACCAGGGCAGCGAGUUCAUGUUCGACUUUGACGGCGACGAGAUCUUCCAUGUGGACCAGGAGAAGACGGAGACUGUGUGGCGCCUGCAGGAGUUCGGGGAGUUCGCCAGCUUCAAUGCACAGGGAGCUCUGCAGAACAUGGCCAUCGGGUGGCAGAACCUCGAUGUCUCCAUCUCCAACUCCAACAAGUCCCGGGCCACCAUCGUGCCGCCGGAGGUGACGGUGUUCCCCAAGCGCCGCGUGGAGCUGGAGGAGCAAAACAUCCUGAUCUGUUACGUGGACAAGCUGUGGCCGCCGAUACUGGAGGUGACGUGGGUGCAGAACGGGCAGAGCGUGAGCGAAGGCGUCUUCGAAACCGUGUUCUACCCGCGGGAGGACAACACGUACCGCAUGUUCUCCUACCUGCCCUUCGUGCCCGCGCGCGGGGACUACUACGACUGCCGCGUGGAGCACGAGGGGCUGCCCGGCGGCCUCCUGAAGCACUGGGAACCCGAAUUGCCCGCCGCCGCAUCUGAGACCACCCAGACCCUGGUCUGCGCCCUGGGCUUGGCUGUGGGCAUCAUCGGCAUCGUGGUGGGCACCACCCUCAUCAUCAAGGCGAUGAAGAUGAACAGUGCCCACAACCACAGGGGGGUCUUGUGAACCCCCAGCACCCCAAACCUGGCCCCUCCGCACCCCUUUCACCUUGCAGACCCCCAAGUGGAGGCGAGGGGUGUCCCGCCCCACAGCUCCCCAUGGCACCCGCUGUCCUUCACCCUCCUCUUCCUCCUCUCCUGCGCUGCCUGGUCACCGCAAUAAAGUGGGUUGGGGUUGAUCCCACCACGAGG